AGGGGGGAGGAAAGUGCAGCUCGCGCGACCAGCCUCCUCUUCCAACGUCACAUUGUGCAGGAGACAAAACCCGGGCGCGCCGGAGCUCACACGCGCACGCACACACAGCAGACCAGGUCGCCUCUUCCCUCCUGGCGCUGCCGAGAAAGCCAGCCCUCCUUUCCCUUCCCGGGGCGCGGAGCAGCAAGCUUAGAGAGGAGCCCGCAGCCGACCCAGAAGGCGAAGAAAGCCGGCGGACAAGCCUCCUUUCUCUGCUGCCUGCCCAGACCGGAGCGCCCCAUCCCCCGCCCGGAACUCCGUCUCUCCCACCCCACCCCUCUGGGCUUUGCGCGGACAGCGCCCUGAACCGGGUGUGCCCCCAGUUUGGAACCCGCGUUUCAGCACUUCGGACAGCACCCGGACGCCCCGGCCCCUUUGGGUUGGCUAUGGCGAGCGUUCAGCAGGGCGAGAAGCAGCUUUUUGAGAAGUUCUGGCGAGGAACCUUCAAAGCGGUGGCCACUCCUCGUCCCGAGAGCAUCAUCGUUGCUAGUAUCACGGCUCGCAAGCCGCUGCCAAGGGCAGAGCCCCAGAGCAGCCCCAUGGUCACAGCCCAAGAUGGAUCUUCAGAAAAGCUGGGCCAGCGCCUGGCCACAGAGGCCUUGGGCACGAACAGCUGGGAGAGAGACAAGGCCUGUCGGGAACUGGGUCCUGCCCGAGCACGCAGUGCCUCCCAUGACCGAGACUUGACUCCACCGCCUUCUUCCAAGGGGAAAAAGAAAAAGAAAAAAUCAACCCGGAAGAAGAGAAGGAGGUCCCCAUCCUACAGCCCAUCACCUGUCAAGAAAAAGAAGAAGAAAAGUUCUAAGAAACAUAAGCGACGCAGGUCAUUCUCCAAGAAAAGAAGGCACAGCUCCUCUAGCCCAAAAAGCAAAAGAAAGGAAGUGAAGAGGCACAAAAAACAAUCCCGAAGCCGGCCCCGAAAGUCUCAUCGUCACCGCCAUCACCGCUGUCCCUCCAGGUCCCAGAGCUCAGAGUCGCGCUCCUCCAGCUAUGAGAACAGGCACCGAGGCCGGUCUCCUGAGGAAGGGCGGAAGUCCCGCCACAGGCACUCCCGCCGCUGCUCCAAGACCCUCGGCAAGGCCAGCCCCGAGGCCCGGUCCAGCCACCCUCCCAGCCAGCCUCUCCAGAUGCUCAGCUUCCUGUCGUCCAGGGGUGUAAUCACUGGGUCGGGGUCUGCCGCUGACCUCUUUACCAAAACAGCCAGCCCGCUCGCCACCUCCCGAGGACGCUCACAGGAGUAUGACUCAGGCAAUGACACAUCCUCGCCACCCUCCACGCAAACCAGCUCAGCCAGGUCUCAGGGCCAGGAGAAGGGGAGCCCCAGUGCGGGUCUCAGCAAAGGCCAGGAGCUGAACAGCGGCAACACCUCGGAUUCAGGGAAUUCCUUCACCACCUCCUCACCCCAGAACAAAGGGGCCAGUCUGGAGAAUCUCUCUCCCCCCAGCAGGGGCAGAGAGUCAAGAGGAUUUCAGUCACCAUGUCUGGAGUGUGCCGAGGUGAAGAAGUCCAGUUUGGUUCCAUCCACAGGCCAAAGCUCCCCUCUGAAAGAGUGCUCCCGCAGCUCCUCCUACGCCAGCACCCGAUCCUCCAGUCGUUCUUCCAGAUCCCCAAACCCCAGGGCCUCUCCCAGGUACACUCGGAGCCGAUCCACCUCCUCUGAAAAAAGGUCCUACUCCCGCUCUCCCAGCUACUCCUCCAAGUCUGGCAAGAGGAGCCCUCCUAGCAGAAGCUCCCGGUCCCGCCGCAGCCCCAGCUACUCCCGCUACAGCCCUAACAGGGAGCGGGACCCCAAGUUCAGUGAGGAUUCGCAGCAAAGGGAGCGCGAGAGAGCGCGCCGGAGAAGGCGGUCCUACUCACCCAUGAGGAAGCGCCGGAGAGACUCCCCCAGCCACCUGGAGGCCCGCAGGAUAACAAGUGCCCGGAAACGCCCCAUCCCUUACUACCGGCCCAGCCCCUCCUCGUCCAGCAGCCUCAGCAGCGCCUCCUCCUGGUACAGCAGUAGCAGCAGCCGCUCAGCCAGCCGCAGCUAUUCCAGGAGUCGCAGUCAGAGCCGCAGCCGAAGUCGGAGCCGGAGCAGGAGCCGGAGCAGGACCCGCAGUAGCAGCAGCUCCGGCUCCCGCAGCCCAAGCCUGGGCUCCCGGAGCCGGAGUCGGAGUCGGAGCCGGAGCCGGAGUUACAGCUCAGCAGACAGCUACUCGAGCACGAGGCGCUAGGCAGAGGCUAUCCCUUGAGCCAGCUGCUCGCGGGACCCUUUUUGCUCUGCCAGCCUCUCCUACACCUGCCCCAUCUACCUUCUGCUGGUGACAGAUAUACAGGGCUCCUGGACCCUGUCCUGCCUGCUUUCCUGGGAGAGGAAAAGAGGGUAUAGGAGCUUUCCUCCCUCUGUCCAGUUGAUAGGAGCCUCUACCAGCACCACCCUGGGGCUCAACUCAGGCCCGGGCAUAUGGAGAGAACCCCCCCUUUUUUUUUUCCUUGCAUAGCAAACCUCACAGUUUUGUGAGAAGCAAUGGGUCCAUGACUCAAAAGCUUUGGACUUGGCUAGCAAUGUGUGGAGACAAAUCUGCUCACUCACUGCUCGCAGGAUGUGUACAGAAGGCCAAGGGGGCUCAUCCCACCUGCCCUCAUUUUCAUUUUUCCUGCCAUCCACCCUCGUAGCUGCACGUUUAUGGGCCCCCAUCCCAAGAACAGGUGAGGGUGGAGGCAAAGGGCAGUUGAAGUCUGAGGUAAAGAGCCAAGCCUUUAACCUCUCCAAACAGUGCAGAGCUAAGGCUGGAGGGGCCUAACAGAGAGGACGUGCAUGUAUAGGGGACGUGGACACUGGAGAUGGUGGCAGAUGUCAGGGGAUUAGAGAUGAGAUCCCUGAUUAUAAGUGCAGAAGCAAAAAGCAGAGGUCACCUGUUACCUCCAAUAUGCUAACGUGGUCAGGGGAAGGAGCCCAUCAGGCUCCAUGUUCAUAGAACAUUGUCCUUGGCCACCCCACAGGAAGAGAGGCAGUGAACAGUCAGGACAGCCCUGACACAGACCUGUGUCCCUAGUUUGCCUCAGUCCUGCUAGCUGGCACUGACUUAAUUCCAUGGGACCAUCUGCUGAGCAUUCUCUGGUGCCGUGGCCAGCUGCCAGCCCCCAGCGCCAGCCAGUCUGGCCUUGUCCUCCGGUUGGCGCACGUCCACCCCCUCCCCUCUUCCCAGCCUGCCACACCCCAAUGCUAUCCAGGGCAGCCUGGCAUUUCCCCUCCCACCCUUCAGCCUAAACCACUUUCCUUGCCUCAGGAUUUUUGCCAGGAUGGAACAAAGACUCAAAUUCAGAGAGUCUGCAGGUAAGGGUCUCGAGUGCUCCAUAUCUGGGCUUUUGCUAGUUUCUGAGAUUUCUUGUCAGCUUGGGAAAGCGCUGGCUUCAUUUCUGCCCUCACCCACAUGUCCCCUGCCCAGGACUAGGCAGCAAGGGUAAGCUGCCCUCUGACACACAAAUACCACCAGCUGCUUCAUCUGCGGAAGGCACUGAGAACACACAGGCCAGGGAGAAGCUCCCUAAAAUAACUCCAGGGCAUCCCCCUCACCAGCUGCAUGGCUUUCCGGAGCCUUGUGGGUGAGUCUCAAGUUUGGGUGGCAGUAGCAACAGGACAGGGCAUGAAGGGACAGAGCAAGGAGGACAAUUUCCAGUUUCAGUUUGGGGUCAUGGGGUUGUGGGGGAGCACAGAGCCUUCCCACUCCAAGGAGAAUGCUUGGAAAAUGCUUUUCUUCUUGGAAACAGUAAUCUCUUGCUUGAUCUUUCCCAUCAUAUCAGCUCCCCUCUGGGAGGGAGGGGGAUGAGAACUCCCCAGGGGUGGCAACCCCUCUGAACGUCCUGCCUCCAGCACAAGAGAGAAGCAUCUGUCCGCAGGCUGCAGUGUAUAACCUGGCCUUCCCACUAUGGCUUCUAGCCCAGACCAAAGCCUGUCCACCAGGACUCGUGGAUCCCAAUGCUGUCACUGCAGAAGGCCGGAUGGCAGGUGCCUGGGAUGGGGCGCGUGCCCCAGGAGGACAUGUACAGCAACUGUAAAUAACCCUCUUCCCCGCCCAGGAACCCAGACUGGACUCGUCUCUCUUCAUGGAGACAAAGGCUUCCUGAAGCCACCAAACCUCCUUAGCAGGUUGGCUAAGAGAGGCAUGGGCGCCUCCCAUGCAGACAACUCCAGGGGACCAUUUUGCCUAAGGCUCCUAGCAAAACUUUUAUUUAUUUUAUUUAUUUGUUUGUUUAUUUAUUUAUUUAUGUGAUGAUAGCUUUCUUUCACCACUAGCAGUAUUUAUUUAUUUAUUAAUUUGUUUAUUUAUAUGAGAAAGAUUUUUUUUGUGUGUAUGUAUAACAUGUUUCAGGAGGUAGGAGAACUUGUAAGUUAUUUUUAUGCAUCUCUUUUUUUUUGUUAUGUAUUUAUGGAUGUGAUUUAAGAGGCCAAAUGUGAAAAGGGAUGUUCUUUCCCCUGAAACUUCUAAGUCCGGAUCAUUCUAGAAUUGGCCCAGAAGUACAUGAGUCCCCAGGUUUAUUACUCAUCAAGAUGCUGAGAAGUUCAUGCCCAGGCCCCAGGCCCCGCCCACCAGCUACCUCACUGAGGUAUUAGGAAGAGCAGCCAAAGAACUCAUGAACUAAGACACUGAACUGACACAGUGGGGUCACAGCUAACAUUGGGGGCUAGAGUCUAAAAAUGAGCAUUUAAGGUUAAGCUGUACCAAAUUGAAGUUCCUAGUAACUUUGGAAGGCACCCAGACUGAAGUUAGGAAAUGAAAUAAAAUAGAGGAAACGUGUAGAUGUUGCCCCCCAAGGAAGUCAUUUCUGAGCCCAUCACAGGAAGCCAGGACCCACAGGCUUAAUCAGUCCAGCGUCUCUCGACUGACAGUAUCUUCAGGCUGCUGGCUGAGAGGGCCCUUGUCCUUUCCAUCGAUGGCCUUGCAGGUGUCAGCUUGCCUGGUGCAGCUUUGGAUCUGGUAAAACUCUUGCAACAUCCCGGGGUAUCUUCCUAGUAACGUGGCUACCCUGCCCUAACUCAAGCAAGGGAACACCCAAUAUCCUGAAGAAGGUUUGCAAGCUGCUUCCCAGGGGGAAAUUCUCCACCCCGAAGUACAUUUCUCUAAUUUUGUUUACACUUCUUUUAUUUUAUCCAAAAAUAGAAUUCUUACUGAGGCUAAAGUCAUCAUUCCCUAGUAUGGUUGUUCCUAAGCCCCCUUAUCCUCACACCUUCUGCUCCCAGCGAAUGAGGUAGCUCACUAGAAGGACUAGGCUCAAAAACCACCAUCCAAGAUGGCAGGGGAUGCCAGAUGAGAUUGUCCAGCCCUUUGCCCUUCUUGCCAUGCGUAUGCAGUUAAAUCAGUGAAACUGGACAAAUUGAUCCCUUACCCUGGGCCAAAGUUCUCACCUCUCUGAAGUGGAGAAAUUUUUGAGAAAUAAUCACAAAUGUUGACCUGAGCCCUAGGAGACUCACCAAAGACAGUAGGUUUCACUGAGACUCAGAGGAAAGAUGAAAAGAUGUUCAAAGAUUUUUAGGAGGUUUUCAAUCACAAGAACAAAAAAUGAAAGCAAGAUACGCUGGGGAAAAAAAAGCAAGAUAUGAAUCCUUUUCAGUUACUUAGGAAAAGCUAACUCAAAGCCCCCAGCAUAGAACCAUUCCAGUUCAACAAAGUUUGACCACAUUCCUGCCUCUCUUUCCUUCUUCGAAGGAAACUCAGUAUUUCAGAAGCAGAAUUAAAUGAAGGACUUGGCAAGACAGAAGGAUCUCAGUUUCAGUCUCUCCCUUGCUUCAUUGGCCCAAAUGUUUUGCUUGAAGAGGUCAAAAUUUAAGACGCUGCCAAAGGAUGCAGGAAGCAUUUUUUUAUUCUUCACAAGCUCAACUUUUGUCUUCCUCCUGUUGUAGUCUCUUUAUUUCUUGUUUCUCACAAACAUUCAAAAAUAGUCUCAUGCACCCACGUUGCUUAGCUUCCCCCUCCAACUUAAUAGAACUGUUAGUCUGAUAAAACAAUGUCAGAAACAGAAUUCCUUAAAACAUGCCCCCUAUCCAGCUGGCUAACUUAAUCCAUCUGAAAGUCUUAAAUCAGGUAUAAUGUCAUUGAGUUUUUUUUUUUAAAUCAAAACCUCUCCUCCCUUAUUUCUAUACCAAAUGAGGCAGUGAUCUACAUAGUAGUCUCCUCUCUGCCUGUGGCCAGUUCCGUUUGUUUAUUUGUAUGUUUGAGUAUUUAUUUUUUUAGUUUUGUUUUGUUCUCAUUUUUGUUCUUUGGUGGUUGUUGCUUUGCAUUGUAAAUACCGUGAGAGGAAAUCCUCCUCAAAACAUGGAUUAUUUAAUAAUUUAUUUCCUAUUUAUUGAGUGAUAUUAGGGAAGGAGAGAGACCACCUCCUCCACUGAAUUGCUAGUGAAAAUAGGUCCAUCUCAGCUCAGGUGCUGCUGUCUGCAGCAGGAGAUUAUCAGCCAGGUAAUGAGUGCUAGAAUCACCGAACAAAUUGGAAUUGGCAGAAACAGAGGCUUCCGUCAUACAAAUUAAGCCCAAAUGGAACUAAAACACUGGUUAUCUCUGGGAAACCUCAUUUAGAUGGAAAUUAAUUGAAGAAUAAAAUGCCUGUGCAUGAACCAACUUAUAUUAAAAAGUCAAAACUCCUUGAAAGAAAAAAGAAAGAGAAAGAAAAUUGUAACCCUGCUUCUACAGCCAAGAGUAGCUAUGCCUCACCAUCUCGUGAGCUAAACCAGAGAAUGGAAUGGCAAUCCUUUGUGACUCUCUUGCCUGUGUGUCUGUGGGGAUGAAAUGGAAUGGGUCUUGGGGGCCUCAGUCUUACCAUCUGUAAAGUGGGGCUUGACCUCAGUGUUGUUGGCAGCAUGGGCUGGGGGACUUUAGCUCUGAUGCUACUGAUUCCAUACAGUUGGAAAGUGUCUCUGUGUCUUCUGCUGUAGGUUAAGGGUGCCCACGAAUGAAAGAUACAAAAGGAUAGGGCACAGACAUCAUUUUCUGAGACAGGUUGCAACAGCUGGAUCCUGUGGUCAGAUUUGGAAGACCUUCAGGUGCCAUGCACUUUGAUAACUCUUUGUAGUCCUAACUCCUCUGUACUUAGUUUGAACUUCUCUCCAAGCCCACUGAUCCUGAGUCAUCAUGAGAAAGAGCAAACUGGCUUUGCGGGCCCUGGAUUUAACUACUGUUCAUUGUCAGAUUAUAUUUUGUACAAUCAUUCCAAUAAAACAGUGAUAUGGGUCCUGUGACCAUUUUUCAGAUGGAAAAACUGAGGCCUGGCAGGAAACUGUCAUGCUCAAACUCCAUUAAACUUGGAUCUGCCUGGCUCUAUGUCCCCACACUCCCUUGGUAGUCCUUUCUUCAGAGCCCUGCGCUCUGAAGACCUUUUCUUCUGCACUGUAACUCUUCUCCCCUUACUCUUAGCUGUUCCCUCAAGUGGUAAUUGACCUGGGAGCUAGCAGAACCCACCACUUUGGCCCAGGUCUUAGUGUACCUCAAGCCUAUAUAGGUCUCUUUAUUGAGGACUGGCACUACCAUUUGGAAAAUCCCAAGCCAGAGGACCCAUCACCAGCCCAGCGCAGCCUGACAAGCCAGUCUUUGCCUGGAGCAUCCACGUGGGAAAGAAAGAACCUGCUGUGUCCUCCAGCAUCCUAGGACCGUGUCCUCUACCCAGCUACACAGUGGCCGUGGCUUGCUUGAUUUUUGGUUUCCACAGCUAAGCAUCACCCUCCCGGGGUUUCCGGGUUUUCAGCCUGUAUGAAACAAGUCAUUGUUCUAAUUAAAGGUCCCAUGCUAUGGUGUUCUCACAA